GUGGCGAAGCGUCAUGUUAGUCAUGUGCUUGUGUGUUCAUCGUGCGACUCGAGCUCCUGCGGGCACCUUACACGAAGGAAACUUUGCCGAGAAGAUUGCAGGGUGUUGUGUAACCACGCGGAUGAGAUUCGGAGCCCUGUGUAACUGUAGGUGCGAGCGCUGCGCGAUGUUCAGAUAGUGGACUACGAAACUUUGUUGAAUGAGUCUGAGAGUUGGCAUUGUUUCUCGGUUGCGGCUUUGCUUGCAGCGUGCCACGAUGACUUGAAGAGAGAGAGCGUAGACUUUCUUAGGUUAGACUCUUUUGGUUGCUUCCGGGUUCGCGCCGGGAAUGAACUGUCUCGCUGUAGCGAGGCAACGACGUUUUAAGCGAGUGCUAGCGACGAUCAGCUGACUUGGUCAUGGGAAGCACGUCGAGCAAGUUUCGCAGGCACCUAGAGAACGGCGACGAGUAUUCGGCGCUUCAGAUCUACGAGAGCUGCUCUGAACUGCGCAAGUCGCUUGAUCCCAAUUGCUUUUAUGGGGACUCUGUUAAUCGGUGCACACCCGUCCACCUUGCUGCCAAACACGGGAUGAGACCGUUACUGAGGAUCUUCCUACGGGAGAUGCAGGGUGACCCGACGAUCCGGUCAGGCCAUGGAGAAACUGCACUUCACUGUGCCGGCCGCGGCAGUCCUCGCUUGACAGAAGUGGAGCGCAGGGUGGCCUGCCUUAACCUGCUCAUACAGUGGCGUGGUUAUGACGGAGAAGUGUUAGACCUCAAUGCGAAAGAUAACGAUGGAAACACUGCCUUGCAUUAUGCUGCCAGUAGUGGUUUGAAGAAAUGUGUGGAGCUUCUUGUUUCUCAUGACGUGUCCCUCUUCAUUGAGAAUAAUGCUGGUGAGACUGCAUGUGAGAUGGCGGACAAGGCUGGCUUCAAGAGCUUGGCAGACUACCUCGAAUCAAAGAUGGUCUUUUCUAGCUGUGUGACUAUCAAGCCAAAGGACAAAGACCCGGCGCUCGAGCUUGAUAAGGCAUACGAUGGGUUGCGACCUCAGGAUUUGCAGGAAGCCAAAGAUCUUCUUCUUGUUGAAACAUCUGACAUGCUCCAUGUGCCUUUGUUCACAGCAGAAGCUCUUCUACGAUGCCAUGACUGGAGCCAGGUGGCCCUACUGGAAGCAUGGGUCCAAGACCCAGUCGGGUGCUGCCUGGCUGCAGGAGUACAGCCAACGACAUCUGCAGUGCACGCGUCCGAGCGCAGUAAUGAUCCCGUGGUGACAGAAGAGUACCAAUCGGGCUCUCUCAACUCGUCAUCACCUUCGACACCUAGUGGGCCUCAAGGCCGCUCGCCUGCUAGAUUGCCUUGCAGCAUCUGCUCAGAAGUGGUGCAUGAGCCAGAUCCUGUGAUUGUUCCUUGUCAGCACGAGUUCUGCAUUUCCUGCUGGCGCAGCUACCUCACAAUCAAGAUUCAGGAAGGGGAUGUGCACAGCAUUGUGUGCCCUGCUGUUGGCUGUUCUCAGCUUGUUCCUGUGGACAUCAUUGAGCACAUUGUCAGCCCCGACAUGGUGCGCCGAUAUUUACAGUUUGACAUUGAGGCCUUUGUCGAGAGCAACCCAAACUUCAAGUGGUGCCCGUGGGCCGGUUGUGGGAGGGCAGUGCACCUGCCAGAAUCUGUUGACCCACCUCCUUUGCGCCUUCCCAAGUCCACUCCCAGAGAGCCCAUGUCACACUCUGUGGAUUGUGGAAAUCGCCACUAUUUUUGCUGGGAAUGCCUGGGCAUAGCACAUGCACCUUGCUGCUGUGAAAAAUGGGAGGAGUGGCAGAAGAAAGUGGCGGAGGCUAAACCUGAGGAACUGAAGAGUGCCUGCAGUCGUACUGAGGAAGCUGCCAAUUGCCUUUGGAUGGUCACAAAUUCAAAGCCAUGCCCCUGCUGUAAGUCUCCCAUUCAAAAGAAUGAGGGAUGCAACCACAUUAAGUGCUACAAGUGCAAGCAUGACUUUUGCUGGGUCUGUCUAGAACCAUGGAAGAGGCACAGCUCUGCGACUGGUGGAUACUUUCGUUGCAACAGGUUUGAGGCUGUGAACCGUGCCGAGGAGCAUGCAGGUGCUAUUAUCAGUGAGGCCGAGACUAAAAACAAAGAAAUGCAGGAACUCAAGAAGUUUGCCCACUACUACACUUCCUUCAAGGAACACGAAAAGAGCCACAAGGACGAAAUUCUCAUUGAGAAGCGGCUCAAUGAGAAAGAAGGGUGCUGGGUACGUGAGUUUGGGGAAGGUGAAGACGGCUUGCCCAGUGUUCACUUCCUUGGAGAUGCAGCAUGGGAGCUACUGCGAGCACGCAGAAUCCUGUGCGGUUCAUAUGCUUAUGGCUACUACAUGCAAGACGAGGGAUACGCCAAAACAGUCUUCGAACUUCUUCAGCAUAACCUGGAAGAGGCAGCGAAGGAUUUGUCGGAUAUAUUGUCAACACCGCGCCUGCGAGCUUCGCACCGCACCAUCGUGGAGAGUGCAGAGAGGGUGCUUAGAAAGCGUGAGGAGUUCUUGAAGGCUAUAGCCCGUGGCCUCGUCCCUCCUGAGACUCCACCGUCAUCAAGGCGUACCCGAAGGCGGCGUUACCCGACUGUAUUUGGCCUUGAUCCUCCAGAAGACGAACAGCUAAUGAUUGCGCUACUGGAGUCUAUCGGAGAUGGGCCAAUGGAGGAUCCCUGGGUCAAAGAUGCCCGUGGAUGCCAUGCUAACCUGGCUGCGCUUUUUGACUGGCCCCGUGAUCCCAGUACUAGUGGGAGCAGCUCUUCGGACACAGAUGAUGAAGACCGCAAGUCUGCACUCAUUCGUGCUGUUGGUGUCUGCUCACGAGAGGGCUGUACGAGACCACGGGCACGAAACCCCAGAACACAGAAACUCCACGAAUACUGCUCUCUCAGAUGCCAGACAAAGCACAGUAACCGAGAACUUCAUCAAGUACGUAAUGAGGUUGACUUCUCAAUGGAUCUGAUGAUUGCAUUAGAGCUGUCGAGAAUGCAGAUGAUUGAAGACCAGCGUCGCUUUGAGCGUGGCUGUGAUUCUGAGCCAGCAGGGAAUGAUGCUGCAAGUGCAGUUGCUCAUGAAAGUGCGCUGCCUUCAUCACCUGCCCCAUGUUGUUCUUCAGGUGAUGAACAUCCGGCAUUGUCACCUGCCCACAGCUCAAGGAGCAACAGCUCUCAUAUCACUGUGAGUCCAUCACGAAAGGCACUAGCAUCUCCAACAGCCGGUGCUGAGGGCCCAUCAGAGCCUGCGAGCGUUGUUGAAACGAAGAAUCUAGCCUCCAACCUGCCAGAUGGUAGUCACAAGCUGGAAAAGGAUCUUUUCCGUCCUGGGGCCAAAUCAGAGUGAGCGAUCAGAAAAGCAAA